AUGGCAUCUCACCGCCGCGCCGGUCUUCAGCCCGGCCCAGGCCGUGAUGCUGCUGCCCUUGCAGGGCCCGAAGUCACCAAGAAGAAGCCCGAGCCCGAGCCCGAGCCUGAGCCUGCCGAGUCCACUGGUAGGAAGAUGUCUACAGCUGUCGUGAAGUCAGAUGUUAUGCACGUCGUCAGCACACACGAAGACGUUGGCCUUGAUGUCGGGAUUGAGAUCAUGGCGCACCCUUUCUUUCUUGACUUGUUUCCCCAGGCUAGGAUUCGAAACGAGUCACCAUGCUGCCUCUGA